AUGUCUCAAUCUGAUCAUUUUACUGCAACAUCUAAUCCUCAGAACCUCGAUCAAUUCCACUCAAAACUAAAACUUCAGUCCCUUGAGAUCAUUAACCAAAUUUUCCCUCGUAAAAUUUUAGAAUUAAAUAAUUUAUUACAAUAUCAAAAAGAUGGUUCUGUAACUAACCUCAAAAUUUCUUUGGUUCAAAAUGAUGAUAUAAAAUCUCGUAAACGACGUAGAGAAGAGAUAAAUGAUCACUCUCAAAUUGUUGAAGAUGUAAAAGACGCUAAAAGUGUUUUGUGUGAUGCUAUUCAUACAAAAAAUAGCGAUCGUGUUGAUAACAACGAUAACACAGAAUGCGUGAAUAAUGGAAAUGAUUAUUAUCGUAUCAAGGAAUUACAUAAAAUUCUUGAAGACGAAGUUGCUUGUUUCGCUGGAUAUUGUUGCAAAUUGAGAGCUUGGGUUACUCUUAAAUAUCCAAGAAUUGGUACUGAAGAAAAUCCAAAAAUUUCUGCUCAAGAAGAUAUAACUGCCGAAUUAUCGCGUGUCGAAGACAGUUCGUUUUUAUUCUUAGACAGUAUUACAAGAUAUUACGUAGCUCGUACAAAAUUAUGCAAGACAUAUUACAAGUUUCCAACAAUCCAAGACAGUUAUCAUGCGCUUAACCAUCUCGAUAAGCAACAUUUGAUUAGUGUUCUUCAUCAUCUUGAAGACAUAUGGAUAAAAAUUUUAAAAGACAUUUUUGAUUUAAACUAUAUAAUUGUUCUUAGUUCUAAAGAAUAA